UGAGGAAAAGCGGUCAGUCACGUGCCUGUUGUAAUUGUAUUAAUAAGUUUUUCUAAAGUUAUAUGCUAUACUUGGAAUUGGAAUGAAAAGUGAAGAUCAGCUUGUGCAACUUGUCUUAUUGACGGGCAAUACCUAUAAGAAUCGGUUCUCUUGAACAAUUCCUUUAUGUGAGUCGGGUCAACGGAAUUGCAAAUACGAACUAAUCAAGAGUUUAGCCUUUUUUCUGAUCUUGUUUUCGUUACUACUUUAUUUAAUGAGUAAUAUAUUUUUAAAGGGCGGCAUGGUGGUUAAUACUGUCGUCUUGCCACCCCAGGGUCUAGGUUCAAUUCCCGCCUCAGGUCUGUAUGCAUGGAGUUUGCAUGUUCUCCCCGGGUUUUUUUUAGGGGGGAGGGGGGUUCCUCCCAUAGUCCAAUGCAGUUUAGUUCAGCUGGCGUUUCCAUAUUACGCAUAGUGUGUAAAUGUGUGUGUGCCCUGUGUGUGAUGGAUUGGCACCCUAUCCAGGGUUCUUCUGGGAUAUGACCACAGGAGAUCCUAUGUCCCCUGGGAUAGGCUCCAGGCCCCCAUGACCCUGUAUACAGGAUAAAGUGGUAUGACGAUGAGUUGAUUGCUCAAGGAAAAGAUCAGUGGUGCUGAAGGAACAAAGCUGGAUGAAGAUUUUAUCAGAAUGGAAAAGAAAACUGAAAUCACCAAUAAGCUGAUUGUUGAACUUUUAGCAAAAACCACAGAAUUCCUUCAGCCAAACCCAGCAUAUAGAGCAAAACUCAGUAUGCUCAGUAAAAUGUCCAGGAUUCGUGGAAAUGUAAGACCGGUUGGAUACCCACAUACAGAAGGAAUAUUGGGGGACUGUAUGUUAAUCUAUGGUGCUGAACUCGGGGUUGACUCUGCAUUUGGUAGUUCACUGGUGGACGUGGGACAGGCAUUAAAGCAGAUGGCCGAAGUAAGAGACUGCAUGGACGUGCGUGUGAAACGCUGCUUUAUCAAUCCACUUAAGUUGCUGCAGGAGAAAGAACUUAAGGAAAUUGCAUUUCAUCUGAAAAAACUUGAGGGUCGACGUUUAGAUUUUGACUACAAGAAAAGUUCCAAAAGAAGGUUUGAAGAGGCUGAGCUUAAACAGGCAUUAGACAAGUUUGAGGAAUCCAAAGAGCUGGCAAAAAGAAGCAUGUUCAACUUUUUAGAAAAUGAUGUGGAUCAAAUACGACAGCUGUUAGGCCUCGUUGAAGCAUCGAUGAACUACCAUCAGCAAUCCCUUAGCAUUCUGGAGAACCUCAGAAGCGGUCUGCAAAACAAGAUUGCUGCUACUAGCAACAGACCAAAGCGGGAGCUCAUAUCAAUGUCUAACGCAAGUACAAUGCGUUGCACGGACACUUGUGUCUUUCCCACAACCUCAUCUUAUGACGCUGAAGUACCUCAGGAGCUAAGUGAAAAAAGCAACUGUAAUCUUCCAAUGGACCAACCUUGCUGUAAGGCACUUUUCACCUUCAGUCCUGAAAAUCAACACGAGUUAGGCUUCAAGAAGGGCGACAUCAUUAUUCUUACUAGCCAGGUAGAUGAGAACUGGUGUGAAGGGCUGCUUAAUGGGCAGACUGGCUUUUUUCCUGUCAAUUAUGUUGAGAUCCUUGUGCCACUGCCAAAGUGACAACCAGUCCCCAGUGCACUGAGCCAUUACAUAAACUUUUCAACUUUCUGGGGCUUGGUUGAAGCUGUGCGUUUUAUUGAUCAACACCUUUAUCUAAAGAAGUGUAUUAUCUGUCUAUUCUUACACUAUGAAAGUAUAUCUAUAUAUUGUCUUGAUCUCUUCCUUAUAUUUUAUUUUUAUAUUAAAUGAAAAAUGAAGCAAUGACUAGUUUACAACUAUUAAAAGUUGAUUGGUUGUAUGAGAGUAAGGGCAAUAUGAAUAUUUCUUUACUGUGGUAUUAAAGAGGUUGCAAGUAACCAAGUACAAAUACUUUGUUACUGUACUUUUAUCUAUACUUGGAGCAUUUUGCAUAUGUGACACUUCUUACUUAUACUCACUAAAUUUUAUUGAUUACUAGCCUGUACUUUUACUCACUACAUUUUAAAUAGAGACUAGUUGCUUUUCAGAUCACAAUCACACAAAAGUGCAUUGAUUGUCUAAUCUAAACAUAAGCGUUUACACUGUCACUCACACCAUGCCAUGACCUAACAGGAACAAAAAAUUCCACAAAUCCUAGUUUACAGAGCGCUGAUAGGUUAGCAAAAUAAAUUGAUUGACAGUUAUCUGGACAAUGGAUCCCAUCCACUUGGUCUCUGGGCUGUAGAUUAUUUGGCUCUUUUAUCAAGCAUCUCAAACAGGCUAACUUGUUAUGGUAAGAUUAAAAAUGAUCUAGGUAAUCUAGGUGAUCUAGGAAAAGAGAUGUGAAUUCUUAUGUGUUUGGUUAGUGUUUUACGGCAAUAACAACUUGUUUUUUUAUAACAAGCUUAUAAUGUUUUGGUGCAUUGUUUAUUAUAUUUUCUAUGUUUGUAGUAUGUCUGUGUUUAAUUGCGUAGACUACUUGCAUUAUAGACGAUAGCAAUGGAAGCGACUAGCUAGUUUACCGAAGUAAUGAAAGGGAUUAACGGUUCUGCUCGCCAUGUGUUUAAUUAAUGUCAAAACUUGUCACUAUCAACCUGUCCUGGACCUUCUUUCCGUUAGACAGAGCAUAUUUGUCUGGCUUGUCCAUUUUUUCAAGGCAUAUUGCCAAGGACAACAUCACUGGCUAUUAAAAGGUAAAAUCUUUAAUUACAAAGCAUCAUUGUCAGUGAUCUCUCCUUUUCUAUUAUUAGCAUAAUUGGGUGUAAUAUGCUUGUGCAGUGGUUGCUCCUCUCUGCCCAGCCAAACAACCAGUCAAAUAAUUGAUUUAUUUUUUUAACAAAUUGGCCAAAAAUUAUUUAUCUCUUGUAAUACCUACAAGAUUUUAUAAAUUUGUAAAUCAACUGAAAAUAGCCAAUGAAUUGUAUAUUUAUUUAUUCAACAUUAAUUUAUGUAUAUUUUAAAAUAAAGUAAAAAAAUGAAGUGCUACUUCUACUUGUAGUAAAGUAAAUUUUUAGACAAAUAGUUGUACUUUUACAUAAGUAUUGAGUUAGUGUACUUCUGCCACUCUGCGGAUUAAAACAUAAUUUACUAUCUUCCUAAUUAAGUGAAUGUAGUUUCUGUAUAUAGUCUUGCCACACUGUACUAAGAAUGUAUGCAAUUAUGAAGCAAUAUUGAUAUAGCAAAAUUAUGUGUUGUUGUAUGAUGUAUUUUUUUUAUUAUGACCAUAUUAAAACCUGUGGUAUGUGAUUAAUUAUGUAAGCAUUUGCUACUUGCUUUAGAGAAUAACAGUAUAUAUGAUACAAAUGGAUUAAUCAAAUAUGCUUUAAACAGAUAACAUCACUAUAGUGUGAAUGUGAAUAUUCCUGUCCACAUAGUGACUUUUUGGACAUGGUUUUAGUGAUUUUAUUAAUGCCUAGCAACAAAUCUAACCUUAAUAACUUCUCUGCACUCAGUACGAGUCUCCAGCUCAUAAUGAACUUGAACCCUAAAUGAGUUGUACUUAUGCAAGCCGGCCACCAACCAAUUACUUAUCCCUAAGUCCUAUAUACCUAUCCCUGUUUGUCCAAAUGAAAUAACUUUACUUUGUUAUAAAGUAAUAAAGCAUGUUAU